AGUGUCAUUAAAUGUACCUACAAUAAAAUCUUACAAAACUUUUGAAGAAGUUGAUUCUACUUAAAGUUAAAAUACUUCAAACGAAAUUUGAAAACUUAAGUGAUAUAUAGUAAUUUACCAAAACUAGACAAUGACCAAUGGAAAUAUCUGCUUAGAUAAGCUCAGAGUUACUUCGAUUGAUCCAACUGCGUAUUACAUCUCCGAAUUUAUAUCUGAAGAGGAAGAAAAGAAUAUAAUAAACAACAUAUAUGCAACACCGAAACCAAAAUGGACUCAAUUGUCUAACCGUAGGCUGCAGAACUGGGGUGGAAUCCCUCACAAUAAAGGCAUGAUAGCUGAAACAAUACCCCCUUGGCUCGAUCACUAUUUAGAAAGGAUACAUAGUUUAAAUUUAAUGGGGGGAAACAAACCAAACCAUGUGUUAGUCAAUGAAUAUACUCCAGGACAAGGCAUUUUACCACAUCUAGAUGGAUCCCUAUUCUACCCAACAAUAACUACCAUUUCCAUAGCCUCUCAUAUAGUUUUAAAUUUUUAUGAACCGUUAACAGAUAACAAAUCUAUGCACCCAGUAUUUUCUUUUUUAUUGGAACCAAGGAGUUUGCUAGUGUUACAAGAAAAAUUAUUUAAUCAUUACUUGCAUGGUAUAGAUGAAGUUAAGCAUGAUAUAAUUGAUGAUUCAAUUUUAAAUUUAAAUAUGUGUUCAAAUAGAUAUAGUAAGGGUUCUGUAGUUGAUCGGCGAACUAGAAUAUCGUUAACUAUAAGACAUGUUCCUAAAACAACAAAGUUUAAAUUGAAUAUUGGGAAGAGAUAGAGCUAUAGAUAUAUAGAUAAUUUAUAAUAUUGUUAUUAACUAGUAGCUGUUUAUUGGCUGUGUACAAAUUUUGAUUAAAAUUUAUAUUUUUUUACA